CUGGCGUUGCUUGGCAACACUGCAAACAACAUGGCGAAGUUUGUGGUUGCAGGCAGAGCAACUUGCCCUUAUUUUGCCAAAUGUGAACUUAUGGCAGACCAUCUUUCACAAAGCUUGCCAGAUUUCAAGGUUCAUAAGAUUAUCAAACAUCCUGAAGAUUGGCGGCCAUGGCUUGAAUCAAUAUGUGAAAAAAAUAACUGGAAGCAUGAACAUUCCCCAAUUAUAUGGAGAGAACUUGUGGACCGUGGAGGAAAGGGAUCAUUAUUAGGUGGAUUCAAUGAAUUUAUGGAGUAUGUGCAGAGUUACUAUGGUUUUAUUUCUGAUGUGAAAACUGAUCUCAUGAUCAAAAUUGCAAAGGAGAACUUCAAGACUUACCUGAAGGAUAUGGAAGAAGAGAAAAUGAAAAGAAGCCUAACAAAACCAAUGUCAGUCUGGAUUAGUGGAGCAUUGAAUCCUGCUUGCUACAUUCUGAUUCCCUCCUUGCUGAGUGGAGAGAUAUUUGGUGAAGACAAGCUUAUCAGCUUAAACCUGUUGGACAUUGAAGACUCCAUGUCAAGUUUAAAUAGCUUACAAAUGGAGGUUGAAGACAUGGCCUUCCCAUUACUUCAUAAAGUAUCAGUACAUAAUUCCUUAAGAAAAGCUUUCAUGGAUGCUGAAAUUAUCAUUAUUCUCGACGAUAUUGUACCAGAUGAAAAUAACUCAUUGGAAGACUGCUACAAAGACAUGGUCAAUCUCUACCAAGAGAUUGGAGUUAGGAUUGACACUUUUGCAAAAUUUGAUGUCCGUGUGAUUGUUGCUGGUGAGCACAUAUUGAAUUCGAAAAUGCACAACCUCCUGGAGAGCGCAUUUUCUGUCGAUCAUCAUAAUAUUGUAGCGCUUUCAACUCAAUUUGAAGGAGAAGCCAAGGCACAGAUAGCUAAGAAAUUGAAUGUGAAUACAUUAGAUGUGAAGGAUGUAAUUGUUUGGGGAAACAUUGGUAGAACUACUUACAUUGACUUGCAUAGAGCACGUGUUCAUCGAUACGAAAGUGCUGUCUGGGGUCCACCUGAGUUUUCACGUCCUGUAUUGGAGGUACUAAAUGACAGUAAGUGGAUAGAGACAGAAUUCCGGGAAGCAGUAAAUUCUCACCGAUCAAUGGUUCAGAAAAUGUCAAAGCGUCCUUUAGGAUUUUCUUUGGCGGCUGCAAUAUACAAAGUCUUACAUUGCUGGUAUUUUGACUCACCAGCAGGGGAGAUAAUGUCUCUUGGAGUUGUCAGUAAAGGUGAUUUCAAUAUUCCGAUGGAUCUCAUCUUCUCUGUGCCAGUUCGAUUUUGUGGCGGCAAGUGGGUGAUCCAGACAGACAUUGAAAUCAAUGAGGAGACCAAAAAAAUGCUGAAAUACAUUGUUCAAGAACUGAAAAUGGAGCAACAGUUAAUUUUCUCUUCCAUAAGUGAAGGAGAGAAAGAGUCCAGUCUCUCAUCUUUGGCAGAACUACAACAUGUAUCAAAAUCUGAAGAAAUAAAUCCGGAGGAAAAUUCAGAUGUUGGAGAAUAACAAUGUGCAAGAUAGGCACUGAACAAUAUUUAAUGUUCUGCAACUCCAGGAG